AAGGAAAACUUUCGAAAUAUGGUUUUACACACAUACCUACAUAAUGUAUGUAUGCAUGAAGUGCCGACGGUAAACAAAAAUAAAAUCAAAUAAAUUUCAGUCGGUGUAGAGAUAGGCAAAAAUUGCAACCACGGCCAUGAAAAGCUGUGUGAAAGUAAAAAGCUUAAAAAUAGUUUCUGCAAAUGGGACUUUUCGUGGAAUGCAACACUUGACAAGCCAGCAGUAGUUGCGGCUUAGAGCAGUCGCUUGAAAAUAAUAGCAGUAACAGCAACAGUAAUUACAAGAACAAUAACCACAGCACAGCAAGCGGCCGGAGCAAAAUAGCAAAACAUUGAGAACAAUCAAGCAGCUGCACAAUCGCAUUUGAGUAUUUAACAAUUUUCACAUAAACACAUACACGCAUUCGUGUAUACGUUGCAGCGCAAUACACCACAUACGAAUGAAAAAUGAAGCUGACGGAGUUGCUGUCCUACUUUUGCCUCUUGCUAUGCGCCAGGACACAAGUGAUAUUGGCAGUUAGUUGGGAAGAAUGGUGGACCUAUGACGGCAUAUCAGGUCCUGCUUUUUGGGGUCUUAUCAACCCAGAGUGGUCGCUCUGUAAUAAAGGGCGUCGACAAUCACCGGUGAACCUAGAACCACAACGCUUAUUAUUCGAUCCCAAUCUGAGACCUCUGCAUAUCGAUAAACAUAGAAUAAGUGGUCUAAUCAGCAAUACCGGUCAUAGUGUUAUUUUCACCGCUGGCAACGAGACGGUUGCGAACUAUGAUGGUAUGCAAACGCCAGUUAACAUAUCCGGUGGGCCAUUAUCAUAUAGAUAUCGAUUUCAUGAAAUUCACAUACACUACGGAUUACAUGAUCAGUUUGGCUCAGAGCAUAGUGUGGAUGGCUAUACAUUCCCAGCGGAGAUCCAAAUAUUCGGCUACAAUUCACAACUCUAUGCAAAUUUCUCGGACGCUUUGAACCGAGCGCAAGGCAUUGUUGGUGUCUCGAUUUUACUGCAGCUCGGUGAUCUGUCCAAUCCGGAAUUGCGUAUGCUUACCGAUCAAUUGGAACGCAUACGUUUCGGUGGCGAUGAAGCGUUUGUCAAACGUCUGUCCAUACGCGGUCUGCUAUCGGAAACGGAUCAAUAUAUGACCUAUGAUGGCUCGACAACAGCACCCGCCUGUCAUGAAACUGUGACGUGGGUUGUCCUAAACAAACCCAUUUACAUAACCAAACAACAGUUGCACGCCCUAAGACGCUUAAUGCAAGGUAGCCCCGAUCACCCCAAAGCACCGCUAGGCAAUAAUUAUAGACCACCACAGCCGCUACUGCAUCGGCCUAUUCGAACCAAUAUCGAUUUCAAAACAUCAAAAGCGAAUGGCAAGGCUGCGUGUCCCACCAUGUAUCGAGAAGUGUAUUAUAAAGCUACAAGUUGGAGACAGCAUUGAGGCGUAUCUCGGCAAUAAAUAACAGCAUUAGCAACAGCAAUCAAAGCCAAGCGCAGUUGCCACUUCAACUUACAUAAUAUUUAAAUAUAAGCAUAUAUUUGCACACACUUAUACAGACAUAUGUACGUAAGUACACGUAAAUCGGCGUGCAACAGGAGCUUCCAUAAAUUUAAAUAAACAAAUAAAUAUUUAUAUUAGCAUUGUAAUUGUAACAAAAUCAUAGUAUUGCAUGUGCAUAGCUGAGUUACAAUGAAAUACAUAUAAACUAUACAGUUGUAGCAGCAUAUAAAAAUUACGUAAAUAUAAUCUACUUAUAUAUAUGUAGUUGUAGAAUAGCAGAUAAAUUAGACUAAGAAUA